AUGGGUGUGGCUGAAGAAGUUAUGAGUGCCGGCUGCAUCACCGGUGACCGGAUUAAUGGCUUGGUUGAUGGUAUAUCUGGCAAUUGGUACAUCAAGUUUGAUACAUUCAGUCCUGCAGCAGAACGGGGACUUCCAGUCACUAGAGUCAUUAGCCGCAUUACAUUGCAACAAAUCCUUGCUCGUGCAGUUGGAGAAGAUAUCAUCAUGAAUGAAAGCAAUGUGGUAGACUUCAAGGAUGACGGUCAAAAGGUUACUGUGAUACUUGAGAGUGGACUGCGUUAUGAAGGCGAUCUUCUAGUUGGUGCAGAUGGAAUAUGGUCGAAGGUGAGGAGAAAUUUGUUUGGACCAACGGAAGCUAUAUACUCGGGCUACACUUGUUACACUGGAAUUGCGGAUUUUGUUCCUGCUGAUAUUGAGACUGUUGGGUACCGAGUAUUUUUGGGCCAUAAACAAUACUUUGUUUCUUCUGAUGUGGGUGGAGGAAAGAUGCAGUGGUAUGCAUUUCACAAUGAACCUGCUGGUGGUGUAGAUGCUCCUCGGGGUAAAAAGGAGAGGUUGCUUAAAUUAUUUGAAGGUUGGUGUGAUAAUGUAAUAGAUCUCUUGCUAACCACAGAUGAAGAUGCAAUUCUUCGACGUGACAUAUAUGAUAGGAGACCAACCUUUACUUGGGGAAAGGGUUGCGUAACCUUGCUUGGAGAUUCAGUCCAUGCUAUGCAGCCCAACUUGGGUCAAGGGGGAUGCAUGGCCAUUGAGGAUAGCUAUCAAUUGGCACUGGAGCUGGACAAAGCUUGGAGGAAAAGUGUGGAUUCAAGAACCCCUAUCGAUGUAGUCUCUUCUUUAAAGAGGUACGAGAGUGCUCGAAGGCUACGUGUUGCAGUCAUUCAUGGACUAGCAAGGAUGGCUGCAAUUAUGGCAUCAACAUACAAGGCAUAUCUGGGUGUGGGACUUGGUCCAUUAUCGUUCUUGACAAAGUUUAGGAUACCACAUCCUGGAAGAGUUGGUGGGAGAGUCUUUAUCGACGUUGGUAUGCCUUUAAUGCUAAAUUGGGUUCUCGGCGGUAACGGCUCAAAUCUUGAAGGAAGAUCAUUGCAGUGCAGGCUCUCAGACAAAGCCAAUGAUCAAUUACGAAGAUGGUUUGCAGAUGAUGAUGCUCUGGAGCGCGCUCUUAAUGCAGACUGGUUUCUGUUUCCUAUGGGAAACUCAACUGCUGCAUCUGAAACAAUCUUCUUAAGCAGAGACGAGAAGAAACCAUGCAUAAUCGGGAGCGUGUCACAUCCAAACUUUCCUGGAGUAUCAAUAGCUAUAUCGUCCCCUCAGGUUUCUAAAAUGCAUGCUCGGAUAAGCUACAAAGAUGGAGCAUUUUUUGUAACUGACUUAAGAAGCGAACAUGGCACCUGGAUCAUUGAUAACGAGGGCAGGGGAUAUAGGGCGUCUCCCAACAUCCCUGUUCGUUUUCAUCCUUCCGAUGUAAUAGAAUUUGGUUCUGAUAAAAAGGCAGCUUUCCGCGUAAAGGCAAUGAAGUUUCCACCACGCAAAGACAGACAAUGGAGUUCUACGGACUGUAUGAAGGUGAAUUAA